AUGAGGUCUAUUGAGGAUCAUUCUAGGGAAAGAUACUAUGAUAAGAUAGGCAUUCAAAAUAUUUUUAAGAAUGAGCUCAGAGAGAUACCUGAUUUUGAAAAUUAAAAUAGAGUGACAAAAAAAAUAAAGAACAGCAAUUAAAGAGAGAGAAGGGGAGCGACUAAUAAAUUAAUGAUAUCGUCAUAAUUAAACAUUCCUAAAGAUAAAUCUCGCUAAUAGAGAGGGUAACUAUAUAGAUCAGCACAUGAAGGAAUAAAUAAAAAGAAUGGAUCCUUGUUAAAAAGUGUAGUGGAUGAAGAAUAUUACUACAAAAAUGAUGUUUCAUAGUCAAACUUGAGAAAAACAACUUGCCAUGAUGAACCUGAAAUAAUAGUAGAGUAAGAUCACUCAUUCUUCUCUGAAGAAGAAAAUGAAGAUGAAGAAGAAAUAUUGAAGUAAAAAGGCAAGAUAACUGUUGAAGAUCUUGACUAAGAGGUCGAUAAUGAAGUAUGCUAUACAGAGACAUUUGAAAUACAUGAUACUGAUAAUGUCUAUAAAACAUAAGAUAGGAUCCGUGCAGAAUUUCUAUCUCGACUAGUUUAUGACAAGCUAUGGACAACACCUGAGCAUAAGCAUCACGAUCAUUAAACCUGCAUAAUCUUUGAUUGGGAUGAUACUCUCUUGUGCUCUACAUUCUUAUCUCAACAUAAUAAAAACCUUAAUGAUGCUUCUAUUAUCACGUACCCUUAACAACAUAGAUCUUCAAUAGCAUAUCUUGAUGAAUAGGCUAGCAAAUUACUGUCUAAAGCUAUUGAAAUGGGUCAUGUUUUUAUUGUAACAAAUGCCUUAACAGGAUGGGUCGAGGAGAGUGCUAAAGUUUUUCUCCCCCUUACUUAUCAACUUAUAGUCAGCAAUAACUUGAAAAUAAUUAGUGCCCGCUCAAAUUAUGAGCAUUAAUAUCCAGGGCAUAAUGUUUUAUGGAAAAUAUUGUCCUUUUAAGACAUAUAUAAAGAAUAUAUGGAGAAAGACACACUUACAAACCUAAUAUCUAUUGGAGAUUCAGAUGUUGAGGUUGCAGCAGCCUAUGACUUAGCCUCUAGUCUUCAGUAAUAUUUCCUUAAAAUAGUAAAAUUAAGAGAUGAGCCAUCAACACCAGAUGAUCUAUCUAAAGAACUAAAGACUGUAAUUGCUUAAUUUGAGCAAAUUGUAUCAGCUCCAAAGCACAUUAUAGCUAAUAUGAAAACUAUGCAAAGGGCUUAUAGACUUGAAAAAGAGGAAAUUAAUGAUAAGGAAAUGAAAAGAAAAGUUGAAAUAAUGAAAAUGAAGGCUGAUAGAAUAAUUAGUAAGUUGUGA